AUGCUAUUUUUGCAAACGGGCGGAGUUCUGAGCAUCAUCCCGGAGCUCGUGCGAGUGUCGGAGCAGGCCCGGGACAUGCUCAUCUUGGACGGGGACAACAACAUCCCAUACCUAGGAUGGGAUCGGGAGUCGCAGACCCUCCGCACGGUCAAAGACCACGGUGGAGCUGUGCUGCCAAUGAUGUUGGAGCUGGGCAUGCGCACGAAAGAAGCACAGCUUGCCUGGGCGCACCUCCAGAGGAUCUGCCACAGCGGCCUACGCCGCACAGUCGUCAUGGGCAUGAGGGGCGAGAAGAUGGGCCGCAGUGCCCUCGCGACGACCCUUCAGAAAAUGAUCGCCGAACCGUCAGGGCCUUACGUCUCGUGA